UGUGUUUUCACAUCAACAUACCAUCAACCAUUUCUCUUCUAUUUGUUCAAAUUUUAAGAUGAGCGCCGCCACUUUUUAAUUUUAUUUUUGAGUCUCUUCUCAAGCACGCUUCAACUCAGCUACUGUGGCGCCCUUAUUUAUAUUGCUCACAGAAACUUCCUUGCGCAUGGCUCCCAAGACCAGAUCGAUGUACAUGUUCCGGUCAUCGGUGAAACAAAAUCUUCCACGCAAACGGUCACCCACGAAGCAGUUGCCAAAACCAUCAACCCACCGUAAGAUGGCCGACCUUGAUGGGAAAAUGUGGCACACCGACAUAGAGAAAAUGUUUAUCGACAUUAUGAUAGAACAAAUAAACAAGGGCAAAACCCUGCCCUUUGGAAGAAGGAUUUGGUCGGAAAUCAGGGCUAAAUUAAACGAGAGGGGAAACCGCAACUUCACGAGCAAGCAAUGUAGAGAGAAAUACCAGAGGAUCCGACGCUCCUUCAAUCAUUUCACCAGGCUUAUGAGGCAGAAGGGUUUCGCUUUUGACGCCGAGACCAAUACCGUCAUUGCCGAUGAGGAAACCUGGCAGAAUUACUUGCUGGCGGAUAAAAAUGCCAAAAAGUUUCGCAAAAAAGGUGUGGCCAAUUACAUGCUCCUAGCCCUUCUAUUUAAUAAGCCAUCUGCCAACUCAAGUUGCGGAAGUAACUCAAUGCGCCAUGGCUAUUUCCUGCGUUCAUCAAAGAACCGACCUUCUCCUGCCCGGCCGAAGGCCCGUACAAAGAAGCCACCUUCGCCUGCCGGGUCGUCUCGAGGAAGCAAUCGGCUGUCGAAAGUGUCCGGCGAAUUUGAGGCAAAGAAAGAGCUCGCACGUGUUAAGUGUGACCACUACACUGGGCUUUCUUCGGUCUUCCAUAGCACAUGCACAUCGCCUCAUCCAACGGAUCUGUGUAUGAACCUCCUCAAUGAGCUAAUUCACGAGAUCUCAAUUGAUACGUACUUUGAGGCAAUACGGCUAUGGGUGUUUGAUGAGCAACUCCAAUGGGCUUUCAUAAGGAUGUCCGCCCAUGAUAGGAGGUUGUGGUUAUCGAAGUUGUUGCCUUAAAAUAUUGGGUGUUGUUCUUAAAUGUCCCCUAAUGUUAUGGAAGGAGGAGGGUGCAUCCAGCCGCCACACUUUCUCUUUCUCCGACGAGCCUGAAGACGAGUGCAUGAGGACUCUAACCCGUCUUUCCAGGGAGCUUGGUAUUUCUAUAGAGGCUUGCCCAACAAAUUUGGCUUUGGGUGGAAUAUUGUGGAUGGGGAGUUGGAGACAUGGGAUUGGUCUUAGAGCAAUGUGACUGCAUUAAUCGAUAUGAAGCUCGAGAAGCACAAGAACUUAAGGGAAGAAUCUGGAUUUUUCUGGCGAGAGAUUUAUGA